CGAAAUUAACUUAAAGCUUAAACUUCGCGCCGAAGCUCAGUUACUAUGACGACCGAUUCGCAACCGAAUUUUCAAAUUUUGAAAUAGUCAGUUGGUUUAUAACUUUCGCUUUGUCAAACUACUUUUGCUUGUGAUUAAAUAUUUCAAUCAAUUUAUUUAGUAAAUUUAAUUGUUACCAUUCUAAUUUUUGUGAUUUUUGUCAAAAAUUUGUUUUCCACUUUGUCGAUAUCAAUAUGUCACAAGAAAUACCAUCGAUCCUUUCAUGUUCUUUGUAUCAACAAGUGAAGAAAAAGAAAAGAAUUUCUUUUUCACAAAAUAUGGUUUUUCAAGAACUUUAUGAAGAUGGAACUACAAGAACGUAUCAUGAGAAAAUCGCCGAUGAGCUAACACCAUCACUGGAUGAGAUGAUGUUGACUCUGGAAGAAUCUGAUUCUGUCCAUAACACUACGCUUUAUGAUUGUAAUAUGGUGAUUUCUUUUACUUCACCAUCACAAUCGCCAUCACAAUCACCAUCACAAUCACCUUCACCAUCGCCAGUCUCUUCACCCAUCUUACCAACCAACUCGCCAACCUCAUCAACUAACUCACCAUCACCAGUCAACUUACCAACCAAUUCACCAUCACCAUCAACAUCACCAUCACACACCACCUCACCAGUUAAGUUACCAACCAACUCGCCAACCACUUCAUCAAUCAUUUUACCAACUUCCUCGUCAACUAACUCACCAUCACCAUCACCAGCCAACUCACCAGUUAACUUACCAACCACCUCGCCAACUAACUCACCAUCACCGAACAAAUCACCGACCAACUCACCAUCAAACACAACCUUACCAACCAACUUACCAUCACCAUCACCAGUAAACUCACCAACCACCUCGCCAACUAACUCACCAUCACCAUCGCCAUCACACACCACCUCAUCAGUUAACUUACCAACCACCUCACCCACUACCUUACCAGCCAUCUCACCAUCACCAGUCAAUUUACCAGCUACCUCACCGAACAAAUCACCAACCAACUCACCCUCACCAUCAACAUCAACAUCGCCAUCAAUCACCACCUCACCAGUUAAGUUACCAACCAACUCGCCAACCACUUCAUCAAUCAUUUUACCAACUUCCUCGUCAACUAACUCACCAUCACCAUCACCAGCCAACUCACCAAUAAACUUGCCAACCACCUCACCAUCACACACAACCUUACCAGCCAACUUACCCUCACCAUCACCAGUAAACUUGACAACCUCCUCAUCAACUAACUCACCAUCGCCAUCACCAUCACCAUUACCCAUCACCUCGCCAACCAACUCGCCAUCACACACCACCUUACCAACUAAUUCAUCAUCAAUCAAUUUACCAGCUCAUUCUGCGAACACUUCGCUGAUCUCUCUCAGUGAUUCUGGAUCAACAGAACAAAGCUCUUGUGCUUCAAUUGAAUUUUCUCGUAAAGAUUAUUCCACUUUCGAGAGCAGAUAUGACGACUCAAUCCUUUUUUAUGUUGAUAAAAAAUCAACUCUCGAAUUGAGCUCAGAAGAAGAAGUUUCUCAACAAAUCGAACACAACUCAACCUUCGUUGGCUCUUUAUUUGUUGAUGAUGUUUCGAUGGUUGAAGAUGAAUCAACGAGUGGUGAUGAUGUUUUCAACUUUAUUGAUAACUCAAUCUUCACGAAAGUACCUGAAGCUAAUAUAGAUCUUUCAUUAAUCGAUCCAAGAUUCCACAAGUUUGUCGUUAUAUUAGAUCACGAUGGUGCCGUUUUGAAAUUUAUGAACGGAAAUUUUCUCAUUCAUUUAAAAUAUUCGGUAUCCAAUAUUGACACUGCCGAAGUUAAAUUGGAAGACAUCACAAUUGAAUCUUGUAUUGAUAAGAAAAUCAACUCUCAAGGAUUAGCCCAAUUAAGUGAAUAUAGUGUUCAUCAUUUAACUAAAUCAGAUGAUAAAUUGAUUCGUUUAAUCAAGAAGACAGUGGCCAUUAAAUUCGACCAGUUCAAGAAACAAAAAGGAACAACAACAGCCUUAUUGUCAACGAUCAUUAAUGAUCUUCAAAAGAUUUUCCAUCAAAUUGCAGCUCUUUUUGUUGAUCUGCUUAAUGUUUGUCGUUUUCAUGAAUGGAAAAUCAUAAACGCCAAUAUUGCUAAUUUUGAGAUCUCUUUUGAAAUCAAAGGUCUGAGAUACUCUCUUUGGCUUAUUUUGUGCUUCGAUCUCCUAAAUUAUCCAAAUGACACGAUUAAAGUUAAAUUCGGUAUUCACAAAGCUGAUCUCAAACUUUACCCGUAUCAUCUUUUUCAUAAAAAGAUUAGAUCAGUUCCCUCUGGAUCCUAUAAAUACAUUGGUCAAAUAGUUGAAACGGCCAAAAAGUUCAUCUUCGAUUGGCGAAGUGGUCAUAAGUCAAAGGCUAUUAGACUCUCUAUCAGACAUUAGCAUGUCCAAUCCACAACCGAUAUUGGUAUCACCAUUAUUAUACUCUCAUAAAUCUUACCAUCAAUGUUAUUCCAAAUAAUAAAUGUAUUCACCAACCAAACCAUAAAUAAAUCCAACAAUUAAGUGAA